UUCUCGAGGAGAAAAAGGAGAUCGAGCAGUGCGCGAACCACCCCCAUGGUCGGCCACCCGCAGCGCCUGUCCUCUCCACAAAUACACCACACUAGCCCCCUCCCCUCUUUCGCCAUUACCCAGAGCUCGCAGGUACUUAGAUCCAUCCACCAUGGCCGGCAGCAAGACAUUGCUCCUCCUCCUGUGCGCGGCGGCUGCGGCUGCGAUGCUGAGCCCGGCUUCCGCGGCGGACGACCUGACCAAGUUCAAGGUGUACUUCCACGACGUGCUAGCGGGGAAGAGCCCGACGGCGAUCCGGAUUGCGCAGGCGGCGUCCACCAACAGCUCCUCGACCUUCUUCGGCGCGGUGGUGGCCAUCGACGACCCGCUCACCACCGGCCCCGCCGUCACGGGCUCCGCCAAAUCCAAGGACGAGGUGGGCCGCGCGCAGGGGAGCUACACGUUCGCCGACCAGGCCACCUUCGGGCUCCUCAUGAACAUGAACUUCGUGUUCACCGCCGGGGACUACAAGGGCAGCAGCCUGACCAUCUACGGCCGCAACGAGGUGCUUUCGGCGGUGAGGGAGAUGAGCAUCAUCGGGGGCACGGGCAAGUUCCGGAUGGCUCGCGGCUACGUCGAAGCGAGCACCGUGGACUCCGGCGCCAAGUCCGGCGAGACCGUUGUCGAGUACACUAUCCACGUCAAGGCUGCUGCGGCGUAGCGGCGGCUGCCGGACGGAAAUAUUGUAUUUUUGCUUGGAAUAUAAGUGGACUUUUGCAGAUUUGUUGCGUUUGUUAUCGGGAUGGAUGAUGUGCAUUUACGGAUUUGAGUGCUGUUUCGUGUAUGUGGUUUGUGGUUUUGCUAAUCGCUUCAGCUCUUUGGAAGAUAUAAUUUGUGUCGAUUUUUAUGUCAAA